UUGAACGAUUGUGGUCGUGUUCAGGUGACCGGUGAGACGCUCCAAGAGAGUCAUUAUCGUAUCAACGUUACAUUCAUCGCUGAACGUGAUCCAAUUCGAAGCGCAAAAGUUGAUGGCACUUCAACGGUGUACGGCGUUAUGCAAAUCGGUCUACGUGGUGGUAUCUUCCAAUACACGAACGCAUUGAAGAUUCUCGGAAAGCCAUCGCCUAAGAUCGGUUUUGAAGAGGCGUUCUUCUGCUAUCGUGGCUCAACGCUGAUCGAUCAGGAUAAAUGCAGUAAGGAUAUUGUUGAGAAUCACUCUGAUAUUGCUGAGGCUAAUGAAAAGUCGCCUGAAUCCGCACCAUCAGUGGAUGAGAACUAG